UGAUUCUUCAUAUUACUUACAUUAGUCUUACUCUUGGAAAAUUUUCGGUCUUAUAUAUCUUUUUCCCACUUUAUCUGUUUCAAUUAACCGAAGAAUCUUCUAAACCCAAAACAUACUUCAAAUACCUUAAGGACAAGAAGGUUCUAUUCACAAAAUUUUAGACUAAAUUCAAAUUUUUUAUUGACACGACCUAAACUCGAGCUUUUUUUCCUAGUUUUUUUUCAAUCCGUCCCCUAUCCCCGAUUCUCACUACAAAAUCUUAAAAAUUUCAUUUGCAAUUAUCUUAAUUUUUUAUUUUCAAGUCUUUUAGGAGAUUUUUAAAUGUAAAAAAUAUAUGCAUUUUAUUUAUUCAUUAGCUCCAAGUUUUGGAAGUAUUUUAGCUUCGCCAGGUUAUGCUUGUCUAAUUAUUUGUUUUUUUCUUCUUGCCCGUUUCCUCAAAUUGACUAGUUUUGAUGAAAAACCUCAAAUUUCUUUGAGGAAAAAAGGACGAGUUAAAAUUAAAAGAAAAUUUUCAAUUGACAACAAUGAUAGUUUCGACAAUUUUGAAAAUUUUGUUAAUGUUGAUUUGGCUGAACUUUUGGAACAAUGCUCUAUUUUGAAAGAAAUGUUAGGUUUUUUAAGAAUAAUUAUUUUUUACUUUAAAUGGGUUUCUGGGGCGAGGACGGAGGAAUUUUCAAAAAAAUUUCCGAAGCUGGAAUUUUCAGUUUAG